AUGAAUCAACCAGAAGGAAAAUGCUCAAUAUGUCAAACAAAUCAAUAUAAAUACACAUGUCCAGCAUGUGAAACCAAAUCAUGUUCAUUAAAUUGUUACAAACAACAUCAAACACAAUCAUCAUGUACUGGAAAGGUAGAUAAUACAAAAUUUAUAAAACAAGAAGAACUUUCACAAAAUUCCGUACACCUAAACAGAGACUAUAAUUUUUUGCUACAAGUAGAUAGAAAAAUUCAUUUAUCAAAAGAAGACCUUAAAACCAAUGCUAAACAUAUUUUCAAAAGAUCAAGAAAUGAUUUACAACCGAACCGAAAAAGAUUUAAAAAAUCUACUGAAGACUCAACUGACCAGAGAAAAAUAGCAGUUGAUAAAACUUUCAACGAUCCACAAACUAAAAUUAUACGGGAAAAUACAAUGGUUAUUCAACUACCUACUGGUAUGCAAAGAGCUUCAUCAAAUAAAACUGGGUAUGAUAAAAAAUCGAACACAUUUGUAUGGACAAUUGAAUGGAAGCUACUAGCUAAUUCAGGGAAAGAACUUACUACUUUUACAAGCUUCAGGCUAAAAGAAAAUUUAAUUUUGAAAGAUUCAAUCCCUAUGAAUAUACUAAAUAAUCAUGAAUGGAAGGAUAAAAAUAAUUUAAAAUUUUAUAUAAAAAAUGUUUUAAAUACUCCAAAGGACUCAGUCAUUGAACUAGAUGAAAAUGCUACAAUUGGUUCAGCAUUAAAAGAUAAAAUAGUGCUUGAAUAUCCAACCAUUUACGUAACCCAAGGCCCAGAUGUCUUGCAGAAUAAAGUACUUGUGGAAAAAGAAGCAUACCAGCUAGAGGAUACAAGUUCAGAUGCUAAUAGCUCGUCAUCGUCAAGCGAAGAUGAUCUGAGUGAUAAUAGUCAUUCAAGCUCAGAGGAUUCUGAUUCGAAUUCAGACUCAGAUGGAGGACCUGAAGAAAGUACUCUGAAACCACCAAUUCUCAAUAAAAAAUUUGAAGAUGAUGAAGUUGACAUACCCAAGGCAGUAGAUGAGAAUAAUGAUCAACCAAUUAUAGAAACUGUAAGUGAUUUACAAGAUAUAGAUUAA